CCUUGUGCAAACAACCCGUGCAAUAACGGAGGGAAGUGCACAAUGUACUCAAAAGUGCCAAAAUGUGAUUGCUUGCCUGGAUUUUAUGGAGAGAAAUGUGAAAAGGACGUCUGCUACUUAAGAGAUGUUUGUAAGAAUGGAGGUACGUGCAGACCAGAUGGAUUCAACAAGUUUAAAUGUGAAUGUAGGCCACAUUAUUACGGAACAUUUUGCGAUAAUGUGAAACAAAUGUGCUUGGAAGGAGGUAAAAGCAAAGAAUGCUCGAAGCUUAAUGCUCGAUGUGUUGAAAGCCCAAAUGUAAAUGAAGGUUAUACUUGUAAUUGUGAAAACGGGUACGAUAAAAACGAAAACGGUUUCUGUAUUCACAAAUGCCGUAUUAAAAAGAAUGAAGAGAAAUGCAUAAAACUCUCAGCCAACUGCGUAUUAGACGAAACCUAUCAACCCAUUUGCAAAUGUCCCCCAUUGUUUCAAGAAGAUGCAAAUAGGAAAUGUGUUAAAGAAGUAUCAAAUACACCGGAAUCAACUGAACCAGAAGGGAUAACUUCAACAAAUUCUCAUGAAUCAACUGAAUCAACUCUUUCCCCUAAAACGGAUAUUUCAUUAAAAACAACCUUCUCAACAUGUGAUUGUGGACUUCAUUCUUUAUCUUGCGAUUUCAAUCACGAAGGGAAUAAAAUUUGUUCCUGUGAGACUGGUUUUUCACAAAUGACUGAUGUCUGCGUUGAUUGCUAUUGUGGUGAGAAAUCUGUAAACUGUUCUUUUGGAAGAAACUUGGAAAAGAAAUGCUGGUGCAAUAAAGGUUAUGGCCAAAUGCAUGGAGCUUGUAAAAAAACUUGCAGCUAUGAUGUAGAUUGUCAAAAUGGUGGUAUCUGUAAACAUAAUGGCAAUGAUGGUUUCUGUGAAUGUCAUGCGGAUUACAGUGGAGACAGAUGUGAAGUCAACAAUGUUUGCAGGCAUUUACACCACAUAUGUGGUGAACAUGGUGGCAUAUGUGUGAUACACGAUGGAUUACCUCAGUGUGAGUGUCCUCCUGAUAAAGAAUACCAAAAAGGGGUUUGUAAAACAAUUUGUGAUGCAUCAAAAUGUAUUCAUGGACAAUGUGAAAUAUUUGGUCACUCUUAUAAAUGCAGGUGUUUUGCUGACUAUACUGGAAAACAUUGUGAUAAAAAAUCAUUGGAAGAAUCACGUGAUAACGAGUUGAUCGUAACUAUUUUUGCUAUCACCAUAUCAAUGACUGCAGUAACUAUGUUCGGAAUAGUUUGCUGGCUGACUUUAAUAAGAAUGAAAAGUAAGGUGUUCACUCAAGAUCCCGAAAAAGUAAAUCUCAUAUGAGAUUUAUGCGUGACAUCUAAGAAUAUUUAAGAAAUUCAUAUGUUGAUCAUAGAAAAGAGUUAAUUUUUGUUACUAUUCAGAUGC